ACCAAGCAAUCCGCCAUCAAACUCCUCAACAUGGUUGCGAAUGGACGCAAGAGACCAUCAUCGAUCAACGAACAGCAGUUGAUACCGCUGGAUCCACCUUCCAGCUGUUUGUCGUCACCACCGCCAGGGGGCGCUGGGCGCUGUUAUCAGUCAUCACUGCGCAGCUACAGCAAGUGGUCCCCAACGGAGCAGGGUGCGACGCUGGUGUGGCGGGAUCUAUGCGUCUACGCCACGGCUGGGUCCUCCGACGACAAGACCGGUGUUGGAGGUGGAAGUCAACGGUCUUCGAUCAAGCGCAUCAUCAAUAAUGUGAGCGGUGCAGUUACCCCGGGGACGCUCAUCGCUCUGAUGGGCUCAAGUGGAGCUGGCAAGAGUACGCUCAUGUCGGCUCUGGCCUAUCGAACACCGCCGGGCACCGUCGUGCAGGGGGACAUUCUGGUGAAUGGACAACCGGUAGGACCGUACAUGUACCGGUUGAGUGGAUUCGUGCACCAGGACGACCUGUUUGUGGGGUCACUGACCGUACGCGAGCACAUGUACUUCAUGGCGAAGUUGCGGCUAGACCGGCGAGUCUGCCAUCGAGCCAUCGACCAGAUGAUUCGGGACCUGCUAGAGCGCACGGGGUUGACCAGAUGCGCACAGACUCGCAUUGGUGAGGCUGGUGAUGGGAAGAUGUUGUCCGGUGGCGAGAAGAAGCGGCUCGCCUUCGCCACGGAGCUGCUCACUAAGCCUACGUUGCUGUUCUGCGACGAACCUACGACCGGGCUGGACUCGUUCAGUGCUCAAGCGUUGGUGUCAACGCUGCAACAACUCGCCCGACGUGGUACCGCCAUCAUCUGCACUAUCCACCAGCCAUCUUCGCAACUUUUCUCCAUGUUCGACCAGGUGAUGUUGCUGGCAGAUGGGCGUAUUGCGUAUGCUGGUCGUCCACAUGACGCACUCGCGUUCUUCGCCCAACACGGACAUGCCUGCCCACCUAGCUAUAACCCGGCAGAGUACCUCAUUGGAGCCCUGGCAACCGCACCAGGCUUCGAGAAGGCGUCCCAACGGGCAGCCCAACGUCUCUGUGACCUGUUUGCGGUCAGUGAAGCCGCCAGUCAGCGAGAUGUGUUGAUCAACCUCGAGGUGCACAUGGCGGAGAGUGGUGACUAUCGGGUAACGGAGGAGCAACACCUGUCUGGGCGACCGAACUGGCUGCACACCACGCUCUGGUUGACGUACAGAGCGUUGUUAACCGUCGUUCGAGAUCCCACAGUACAGUACCUGCGGUUGCUGCAGAAGAUGGCAAUCGCCCUGAUGGCGGGUUUGUGCUUUGCCGGUGCCAUCGAACCCACGCAACUGGGCGUUCAGGCGACACAGGGCAUCUUGUUCAUCUUGAUCUCGGAGAACACCUUCACCCCGAUGUACGCGGUGCUGGCCGUCUUCCCCGAGACGUUCCCGCUGUUCAUCCGCGAGACGAAGAACGGUCUCUACCGUACGUCGCAGUACUACGUGGCAAAUGUGGUCGCGAUGUUGCCAGGUCUCAUCCUUGAGCCGCUCGUGUUUGUCGUGAUCGCGUACUGGUUGGCGGCGUUACGUCCAACACUCUACGCCUUCGUUGUGACUGCCAUUGCGGCCACUCUUGUCAUGAACGUGUCUACCGCCUGUGGGUGCUUCUUCUCGGCCGCCUUCAACUCGUUGCCGCUAGCUAUGGCUUAUCUGGUGCCGUUCGACUACAUCCUCAUGAUCACGUCCGGUGUCUUUAUCCAUCUCAACACGAUGCCUAUUGCGACACGAUGGUUACCGUACCUGUCUUGGAUGAUGUACGCCAACGAGGCAAUGUCCAUCGCUCAGUGGGAGGGUGUCACCAAUCUCACUUGCUCUACUGUGGAUGACAAACUACCAUGCCUGCGAACCGGCCAUGAGGUCCUCGAGCAUUACAGCUUUGACGAGAGCCACCUGCAGCUCAACCUGUGGGCUAUGGUGUUGUUGUACUUCUGUUUUCACGUGUUCGGGUAUUUGUUUCUCUGGCGCAAAACUAAACGUUGA